AAUUAGUUUUUUUUUAUAUUUCUUUUUGUUUUUAGACAUCUCUAUCAAAGCUUCUGUCUUUUUAGGGUUCGAAAAUUAGAUUCGAUCGUAUCGCAACUCCUCUCGGUUUUCUCACCCAAGCCCCUUUUUAUGUUUUCCCUUUUUUUUAAAAUUAAUUUUUUGUUCCUCCCUUUAAGUUAUAUAUAUAAAAUUCGAUUUCUGUUCGUUUAGGGUUUGCAAUUGUAAUUUCCCCAACUCGGCAUUUUCCUAAUCGAUUUCCAAUUUUCCCAGAGAACUCUCCGUUUUUCUUCUAGGGUUAGGGUUUUGUCCGUACGAUUUCAGCUUGUCUGAGUUGAGGGAUGAUGAAAUAAUUUCAGUGUGGAUGUUGUGGAAAAGAUUAUCUCUUCGAAGAUUGUGAAUUCUCGGGAAAGUUUGAAGAUUUCUGGGUUUUUUGGCGGCAAAUGUUUGGGGCGAACAUGGAUUCAGGGCGGGAGGUUGGUGGGGUUCCGAGCACAGUGCUGGUUCCAAUGCGGUUCGUGUGGCCUUAUGGAGGCAGAAGUGUUUUUGUCAGUGGCUCUUUCACCCGGUGGUCUGAGCUUAUUCCUAUGUCACUGGUUGAGGGUAGCUCCACUAUUUUCCAGGCUAUUUACAGCGUAGUGCCGGGACACCACCAGUUUAAGUUUUUUGUUGAUGGACAAUGGAGACAUGACGAGUGCCAGCCCUAUAUGAGUAGCGAGUAUGGAAUAGUGAACACACUUUACUUUGCUACAGCAGAACCUAAUUAUAAUUUUGGUUCAGGGGUACCUGGACCUAACAUCCCUGGACCUAGCAUGGAUGUGGAUAACCAGGCCUUCCAGAAUUCGGUCCGCAUUUCAGAUGGUUCCUUGACUGAAGCAGUGCCAAGGAUAUCAGAGGCUGAGCUGCAGGGCUCCCGUCACCGUAUUGCUAUGUUUUUGUCCUCACAUACAGUAUAUGAGCUAAUGCCCGAGUCAGGCAAGGUUUUCACAUUGUCUGUUGAUUUGCCUGUAAAGCAAGCAUUUCAUAUAUUGCACGAACAGGGAUUCCCUCUGGCGCCUCUUUGGGACGAUGCUAGGGGACAGCUUGUUGGUAUUCUUAGCGUGAUGGAUUUUAUAUUGAUUUUAAGAGAGCUUGGGAACCACGGCUCUAAUCUGACUGAAGAAGAGCUUGAAACACAUACCAUAUCUGCUUGGAAAGAGGGAAAAGCAUAUUUGAAUGGACAAAUUGAUGGCCAUGGGAGAGCUCUGCGGAGACGGCUUAUCCAUGCCGGGCCACAUGAUAAUUUGAAAGAUCUUGCUUUAAAAAUUUUGCAAAAUGAGGUGGCUACAGUUCCAGUUAUUCGUUCAUCCUUUGAAGUUGGUUCUUACCCGCAGCUACUAUACCUCGCUUCACUAUCUGGAAUACUUAAAUGUAUUUGCAGGUAUUUUAAGCAUUGUUCUAGCUCAUUGCCCAUACUUCAACUACCUAUUGGAGCAAUUCCCGUGGGUACAUGGGUUCCAAAAAUCGGAGAGGCAAAUCAACGACCGUUUGCAAUGUUGAGACCAAGUGCUUCUCUCAGUUCAGCACUAAAUUUGUUAGUUCAAGCUCAAGUAAGUUCAAUACCAAUAGUUGAUGACAACGACUCUUUGCUAGAUAUAUAUUGUCGGAGCGAUAUUACAGCUUUGGCUAAAGAUAGAGCCUAUACACAUAUUAAUCUUAACGAAAUGACUAUUCAUCAGGCACUGCAAUUUGGACAAGAUUCGUAUUCUCCUUUUGAACCCAAGAGUCAAAGAUGUCAGAUGUGCUUGCGUUCUGAUUCACUGCAUAAAGUGAUGGAACGAUUGGCAAAUCCAGGUGUUAGACGGCUUGUUAUUGUGGAGGCUGGAAGUAAGCGGGUUGAGGGCAUCGUUUCAUUGAGCGACAUCUUCAAGUUCUUGCUUGGUUAGAUCAAAGCAGUGGCUGCAAAUGAGAAAGGAGUUUUAUGGCAGUGGUUUUCGACUCCGAACCUGGUUUUCGAAAAUCGUGACCUACCCAACUGUUCAUUAGAGAAUCCAGUACUUGGUCGGUGACUUUGAUCUCAUUUCAUUGGAAAUAUACAAUUGGAUUGGCCUCUUUGCUUCUGUCGCCUGGUUUUUUAGGAUAUUAGGCUAAAGAAAGAAAAAGGGCCUGUAAAUUGAGAGGGUUUGAUUUCCUCCAAAAAUUUGUUGGUUUUUCACCCCCCCUUUUUUUUUUUUUUUUUUUUUUUUUUUUUUUUUUUUUUUU